ACAAGAGCAUUUCUGUUUCCACUCGCUCUACGUUAACUAUCUGAAAAUGGCGACAUCCUUAGGGGCCAACACGUACAACAGACAGAACUGGGAGGACUCGGACUUCCCUAUUCUCUGUCAAACAUGUUUGGGUGAGAAUCCUUACAUUCGAAUGACCAAAGAGAAGUAUGGCAAAGAGUGCAAGAUCUGUGCACGUCCCUUCACUGUGUUCCGCUGGUGCCCAGGGGUCAGGAUGCGCUUUAAGAAGACCGAGGUGUGUCAGACAUGCAGUAAGAUGAAGAAUGUGUGUCAGACCUGCCUGCUGGAUCUGGAGUAUGGUUUACCUAUUCAGGUCAGAGACACAGGGAUAUCCGUCAAAGAUGAUGUGCCAAAAUCAGACGUGAACAAAGAGUACUACACCCAGAACAUGGAGAGAGAGAUUGCUAAUUCUGAUGGCACUCGGCCUGUGGGUGCUCUGGGGAAGGCCCCUGGGGCCAGUGACAUGCUGCUGAAGUUAGCGCGCACCACACCUUAUUACAAGAGGAACAGACCUCACAUCUGCUCUUUCUGGGUGAAGGGAGAGUGCCGUAGAGGAGAGGAGUGCCCCUACAGGCACGAGAAGCCCACUGAUCCAGAUGACCCACUGGCUGACCAAAACAUAAAGGACCGUUACUAUGGCAUUAAUGACCCUGUGGCUGAUAAGCUUUUGAAGCGAGCUUCCACCAUGCCUAGACUGGACCCACCUGAGGACAAAACCAUCACCACACUUUAUAUUGGAGGACUAGGAGAUACCAUUACAGAUUCAGAGCUCAGGAACCAUUUCUACCAGUUUGGGGAGAUCCGCACCAUCACCGUAGUGCAGAGGCAGCAGUGCGCCUUCAUCCAGUUUGCCACGCGUCAGGCUGCAGAAAUGGCUGCAGAGAAAUCCUUCAACAAGCUUAUCAUCCAUGGCCGACGCCUCAAUGUCAAAUGGGGCAGGUCCCAGGCAGCACGAGGGAGGGAGAGAGAGAAGGACGGCGUGACUGAGAGUGGAAUGAGACUGGAGCCUGUGCCAGGCCUCCCAGGAGCACUGCCUCCGCCCCCCGUGUCUGAUGACGAUACGCCUGCCAACUAUUUCAACUUGGGCCCUAACAGUGCUCCUGCAGUCAUUAAUUUAGGAAUCCCUCCUCCACCUGGCGUAGCCAUGCCUCCACCUCCAGGUUUUGGUCCCCCUAUGUACCACUCCAUGGAUGGCAUUGUUCCUCCUAUGCCUCCUCCCAUGGGCAUGAGACCUCCUGGCCAGGUGCACUACCCUUCCCAGGAUCCUCAGCGCAUGGGUGCCCAUGCUGGUCGCCAUGGAGGCUCCUAGACGAUCUGGAAACUACCUCACUGAUGUGUGCUCUGCCUUUCUGCCUCGGUCCUCAUUUUUAAAGUCCUUUUAUAUCUUUAACCUUUUAUGGACUUGUUGACACUGUUCUAGACUUCAUGCAAAUAUGUAAUGAAACAUAACUAGCUUAAAAUAAUAAUUAAUUUAGAAUUUUAAAAGUCUGGAAGCUUGUUUUCCCGUUUUUGUUGCUUUUUAUAUUUGGACCUUUUUAAAGUUUUCACUCAUGUCUACCUUUGUUACCUUUUAUUAGUCUGUUUAGAGAGCUUUGGUAUGUAGAAAGGGUAAUUCUGAAUUUGUAUGUUUUUUUUAAUGACAUGUGUAUCAUGCUUUUUAUACAGUCUUGUUUAAAAAGCUAAGAGUUGGUUGCAAUGACCAAUAAAUUCCACAUGGGGCCACUGUUGACCA